AAAAAACUUCACUUAAUGUGGUUUUCGAUUCUCAAUACUCAUAAUUUCAACGAUGAAUCAUUUUGGAAGCACGAAUGGGAUGCCCACGGGUCUUGCUUGUCUCUUGUUGCAGCGCUGAAUAAUAUUGAGAAAUACUUUGGAAAAUCUCUUGAAAUGUAUGAAGAAUUGAAUAUUAAUUCAAAACUUGAUAAUAAAAAUUUUAAACCUGGAUCUACUGAUCCACUGGGAAAUAUUGUUGAUUACUAUGACGUCAGAUUGAUAGAAAAAUUCGGUUUACUGUCAUUAAAAACAUUAAAAGAGAAGAGUGGUACUUAA